AGGAACGGAGCGAGCGAGGACAGCGAAAGCUCUCCAUUGCGCGUGUAUUUAACAGAGUUGUGUGCAAUUGAACGUAUUGAAGACUAAAGUCAGAUGGACUCUGUGAAAAGAAGACAUAUGAGAAGCAAGACUCGGUAAGAAAACGCCUUGUGUGUUGCAGGACAAGAGAGAAGUUUACAAAGGAGCGUCUCCUGAUAAGCCUCCACAUCAAGUCAAGAGAGCGCGCGAUGAAGCUCGGUGUGGGAUUUGUGUAAUCGAGACGUGAAGCUGAUGUGAAGAAGAACUAACAAGACUUUUUGGUUUCAUAAUUGGUCUUUAAGACAAUGACAUUAAGAAUGGAAUGCAAUUGUAAAAAUCACUUCCGUGCAUAAUGUGGAUUUCUACGCUGAUGGUAUUUCUUUCUCCUUUUGCUUAUGAAAAAAGGAGGUUUUGACGGAUAUAUUUUUGCCAUCUUUUGCUGUGCUGUCGGUGGACCAAAUCAAAAUACCACGCAUACUUUUCCAGCUUGAAUAAUUCAUGAAAUAGUGCGUGCCUUCUAGGCUUGGAAAGAAGUUACGACAAUACGGGGAGGGGGAAUAAUAAGUAGAAUUGUUCAAAGUGGUGAGGGGGGAUGGCCACAGCGGCUUCCAAUCCUUACCUGGCCAGCAACAGCAUUCUCUCAUCAGCCUCGAUCGUGCACUCGGAGUCCAGAGGUGGUGGCAUGCAGCCGGGAAGCGGUGCCUUAACAUCGGUGUCGGGAGGUUACAGAGGAGACCCCGCGGUCAAGAUGGUGCAGAGCGACUUCAUGCAAGGAGCCAUGACGGCCAGUAACGGGGGGCACAUGCUGAGCCAUGCCCAUCAAUGGGUGACCUCACUGCCACAUGCGGCUGCCGCGGCCGCCGCCGCCGCAGCCGCUGCAGCGGCAGAAGCCGGCUCCCCUUGGUCCUCCAGCCCAGUUGGCAUGGCCGGUAGCCCACAGCAACAAGACGUGAAGAACAGUUCAAACAGAGAAGAUUUACACUCGGGCACCGCGUUGCACCACAGACCCUCGCAUUUAGGGGCUCACCAGUCGCACCAAAGCGCAUGGGGUGGCACCACAGCCUCCCACAUCCCGACCAUCACCGGAGGUCAGCAGCAGUCCCAGCAGGCUCUCAUUUAUUCCCAAACGGGUGGUUUCACAGUCAACGGGAUGUUGAACCCUCCCGGGAGUUUAGUCCACCCGGGGCUGAUGCGAGGAGACUCUCCAGAAAUGGAUCACCAUCACCACCACCACCAUCAUCAGCAGCAGCAGCAGCACACUCACCACCACCACCACCACCAGCACCACGCGGGAGUGAACAGCCACGACUCGCACUCAGACGAGGACACGCCGACCUCCGACGACCUGGAACAGUUUGCCAAACAGUUUAAGCAGCGUCGGAUCAAACUGGGUUUUACUCAAGCCGACGUCGGGUUAGCGCUUGGAACUCUUUACGGAAAUGUUUUCUCGCAGACCACCAUUUGUAGGUUCGAGGCUCUCCAGCUGAGCUUUAAAAACAUGUGCAAACUCAAGCCGCUGCUGAACAAGUGGCUAGAGGAGGCCGACUCGACCACGGGCAGUCCCACCAGCAUCGACAAAAUAGCAGCUCAAGGCAGGAAACGAAAGAAGCGCACCUCCAUCGAGGUGAGCGUGAAGGGAGCCUUGGAGAGCCAUUUUUUGAAAUGCCCCAAACCGGCAGCGCAGGAGAUAUCCUCUCUGGCGGGCAACCUCCAGUUGGAAAAGGAGGUGGUUCGGGUCUGGUUCUGCAACCGAAGGCAGAAGGAGAAGAGGAUGACGCC